UACUUUACGGCAUAGUUUUAACUUUGUGUAUUUUCCUGCAAAAUGCAUGAAAUAAUGCCUAUUUUCUAAGAUGUCUAAGUCGAAAACUUGAUUUUAUUACGAUCGACUACAUCAAUAAAGAUUCGAACAAUAAGCGGAAGCAAUGAAAACUAAAUGGAACCUGUAAAUCAAUGAAUUUGACCUGGUGAAAAUUGUUUGUUGACAAAAAUAAUUUGAGUGACUGUCGUAAGACUCGUAGGCCUAGUCGGUGUCAGUGUGAGACAUGCCCUAUCCAAUUCCAACACUAUACUGAACUCUGUUGAUUGGAAGGUUGUGAUGCACAGAGACUGAUAGUAUACAGACAAAAGUGCAGAAAACAAGAAUGGCCGACAUUGAGAUUGUUCCUACACCUCAGACUUACAAUGAAGAUUUGGAUCUGCCCGUAGCUGUUAUCAUCUGCAUAGCAGUGUCAUGUUAUGUGUUUGUUGUGAUCAUAGCUCUUAUCAUCAAACAGUGCCUUCAGUCUCGGGGCUUAUGUGGUGAGUGUCGGUUGUGUGGGAGUGAAGAUCAGCCAUGCUGUGAGUGCUGUAUAUCACUGGGCCAAGCUUGUAACUGUUGUCAACAACCAAGAGUCACAUCUUGUUUGGAUCGGUGCUGUCCUCAGAGAAAGAAUUUGUGUAGAAACAAGCAAUUUGAUUGCAUUGAUAUCAUCCUGUGUCAAUGUUGUUCAUCACCAGCUCCAGGAAAAGAGCCAUUAUGCGGCUGUAAUAAUAUGAGUUGCAGCUGUGGAUGUACUUCUCCUGAGUGUGAAAAUAUAAACUGUUUGUGUUUUGAACUGAACAUGAAAGGCGAACGGCUGGGUGAUGAGUCACAGGCGGCGCAGCAACGUCAAUUCUGAGGCACAGGCAGUGGAGGAUUUCGUCUGUUCUAUUUUUGAAAAGCAAUGGUCUCCUCAUUUGACAUGUAACAGAGAUAUUUCUUUUGUCCAUCUUGAUAAUCCAUCUGUGCCAAAAAUUGGUGCUUUGUUAGAGUGGUAGAAUCUCGAUAUUCAUGUAGCAAAGGUAGUCUCUGGUAGUUCUCAACACAAACAGCUGUUGACAGAUUAGAAAAAGAUGGCAGCAGAAAAAAGACUGAUGAUGAAACAUAUUUUUGUGAAAUUCCAUUGCAUACUUCUAUGUCCAUUUUGUUGUAUUUAAUUUUAAAAUGAUGUACAUGGAUGCAUUGUAGAUAUUUUCGUGUUUAAACUUAGGCUUGGUAGUAAUAGUGAGUUGUUCAUCUAGCUAUUUUCACAUAGUUAGCCCUUCCGUCCAUGAUAUUCAAUCAAAUUUUGGCAAGAAUUGGUCAAGGGUCUGUAUUUUCAGCAUCUUGGCCAGAGUGUCUUUGUGUCCAGACGUCCUUUACCAUUUAGAAUGAGACAAUGUGUAUCUUACAGUUAAUCUAAAUGGAAAGUACCAUACAGAAUUGAACAGGAUUUCAUAGUAAUUGGAUCAGUAACCUUCAUCGAAAGUGGAAGAUGCCAUUACUUCCAAUUGGCAAGAACUGUAAUUUACCACUGGGGUCAAAAGACCCCAGGUGCCCAUUUAGGUAGCAAAUACCUGUAUAAUUGUACUUAUCUAGGCAUAUGAAAUAGAUUAUAGUUUCGAAAUUCUUGCUGGACAGCAUCCUGUCAAAUUGUGAGAUUUUAAGUGUUUUAUAAAAGUAUACAAUGGUCAAAAGAGAAAGCUCUUAUUGUCAAUAUAAUAGCAGUUUUGUCAAUAAAGGUAUUUUAAUAUUUCAGA